AUGUUAUCUCAAAGAGAUCAUUCAAAGAAGAUUAAACAACAAGAACAUGUAACAUCAAUAUCAGAAACAAAACAUCAAUCACUUAUCUAUAUUUCUAAUCUACCUGUAGACGUUAUAGAUGAUUCUGAAUUGGAACGUUUAAUUAUCCAUCGUAUUGAAAAUAGUCUUAGAAUUAAAUUGAACGAUGUUAAAUGUUAUGGAAAAUUAGGUGUUGGAGUUAUUCGCGUCAAUGAUAGUCAAUUAAAAGAUUAUUUCAUUAAAGACGUUCAAAAAUUAAUUUUAGAUACAAAUGAAAGCACAACGACAGUUACUUUUGUUGAAGUACUUAAAUUUGUUUCAUAUAUUGUAUUAGAUAUGGAGAAAGAUAAAAAUAAUUUGGUUACAAUACCAACAUCGGAUGAAGUGAAACAAGCCUGGUUUGAAUUACAUAAAUGGCGAACAUUACAAUCAUGUGAUCAAUUACAUAGUCAAUUUUCUAAUAUUUAUCGUCUUGUUUCAACAUCUUUAGAUGAAAUACUCAAAUCUAUCAAUCAACAAAAUAUCGUUAUUAAAAAUCAAAUUGGAUAUGUUUAUUAUUGUGCUACAUGUAGUUUUCUAGAAGAUUUACCAAAAUCUAUUACUCGAGAUCAGUUAAAAAAAUUUAUUAGUACUGAUAUUCAACUACCAAAUAUUUCUUCAUCAUCUCUUGCCGUAGAAAUAAAUAAACGAAGUAAUAAUGCAUGUAUUAUUGCAACUGACAUAGCACGAAAAUGGUCUACAAAGAGUUUUUUACAUCUCAACGAACGAAUAAUAUAUAGGAAAGAUACUCUGCCAUAUCGUCUACUUCUUCAUCCAGUUCCUCAGACAUUGACUUUGAAUUCUAUUCUCAAUCAUGGAAUAUUUUCUGGUAAAAUAACAAAUCAUAAACAUAAUGAAGAAAAUCUUAUUAUCGAUCUAUCUGACAAAUAUACCUUCGAUAAAUGUAUGAAAAAUCCAUCGUUGUCAAUUAAUAAUCAACAUAUUAUUCAUAUUAAAGAAUAUAAUGUAUUGAACAAUAUCGAACAAAAUGAGAUUGAUGCUACUUCAUGGUAUGAAACAGAAAUGCGCCAAUAUAAACCUGAUAUAAUGCAAUUUCUUAAAGAACCACGACAUGUAAUUCUUUCAUACAAAUGGAAUACACAGAUAUGGCUUGAACAAUUAAAGCGUUCAAUAAGUAUGAAUUCUAAUAAAACAAUUCAUUUACUUCGAAUGACAGUUAUGUUAAAUACUAUUGGUACUUUAUGUAAGAAAAGUUACAUAGUCGAUAAUCGAGAAGUGAAAUUAAAUGUGAAUAGUAAACUAAGAACAAUUAUUUAUAAUCAUCGUUCAAAACUUAAAAAAAGCGAUAAAAUGUCAUUAACAACAAUUCCAUAUCCAAAAACAAAUGUUUACGUAGUUCGAGAUGAUUAUUUUAUUGUCUAUGAACAAUUAAUUCAAAAAGGUAAACGACCAGUUCUUGUAAAUAUUGCCAAUACAACAAAUUAUAGCGAUGGAUAUAAAAAGGGUAAAGAAGGACAAGAAGAAGAUCUAUUUCGACGUUCGGAUUGUUUUCGAAGUCUUGAUAUUGAUCUUGAAAAACUUUUAUUAAAACCAUCAGAACAUUCUUACUGUUCCCAUACUUGUCAACUUGAAUCUUUAUCGAAAGAUUUUCCUAUGUAUCCAGUUGAUGAAUAUGGUGCUAUUUAUACAUCUGGAUUAACAAUUUUUCGUCAAUCCGAAGACAAAGGUUAUGCUUAUAUGACUCGACCAUUAGAAAAUGUUUCUUUAAUAUCAAUAGGUAUUUACGAAAAUCCUAAACUAGAAGGACAUAUGUUAACAUCUAAAUAUGCUAUUGGAUUACGAAAGAAAAUUGAAAAUAUAUUUUCUAUUGCUUAUCAUCAUAAUCAUGAUAGUAUUAUUUUACCAAUUCUUACUGAUGAUAUAUAUAGAACAUCAUUUGAUCAUAUUUUAAAAAUCUUUCAAUCAGUUAUUGAACAAUAUGCAGGUUUUUUUAAUUCUAUUACAUUUGUUAUUUCUGAUAAACAAUAUUCGAAAUGUAUAUCAAAUAAUCCCGAGAUUAAUAAUAAAUUAUUUCAAGAACUUGAUGGAAUGAUUGUACAAUCAAUGAAAAUUAUCAAUACACCAAAUAUUAUGUUUGGUCCUUACCGAUUUCUAUCUGAUGGUAUAACAAUAAAAGAUAUAAAUAUAUUUGAUUUACCAUUAUGUCAAUAUGGAGCUAAAUGUCGUGAUAUUUAUAAUUCAAAUCAUAUUCAUGAAUUCUCUCAUCCAUCAUUAUGUCCACAAGAAUAUCUUACUGGAACAUGUACAUUAACAAAUGAUAUUGUACAUAUGUCAUUAUUAGUUCAUCAAAAUCAAUGUCAAUAUGGUGGUGAAUGUCGUGAUAUUAAUAAUGAAAAACAUAGUCAAGAAUUUAAACAUCCUCCGUAUUGUCCAACUGGAGGUAUGUGUCAAAAUAUGCAAAAAGAACAUUUAAAACAAUAUCGACAUGUACCUUUAUGUAAACAUGCAUUGAAAUGUAUGGAUUAUAAAAAACAUUCUCAAAAUCAUUGUGAUAAAUAUCGUCAUUGUAUGAUCUAUUGUUCAUAUGGUUCGUAUUGUCCUAAAUUUCAUGAUAAACAACAUAUGGAAGAAUUUCAACAUCCAUUUCCUACUCCUUGUCUUCGUACACCAUUUCAUUGUCUAUUUUUUAUUGAAUUAUGUGAAACAAAUGAUAUUCGAAAUCUUCCGCGACAUAUUCAACAACAUUGCCUUGAUUUUGCACAUGUAUGUCGAUAUGGUCGUAAUUGUAUUGAUAAAACACCCAUCCAUUGGGAAAAAUGUAUUCAUAUUGCUCGUUCUCUUUGUUCAUAUGAUGAUAAAUGUAUGAAACUUCAUCAAGAAGAUCAUUUAAAUUCAUUUACACAUUCAAAUAUACGUGAUAUUCGACUAUUAUGUCGAUUUACAGAUAAAUGUCAUGAUCGUCAAAAAGUUGAUCAUAUUAUGAAAUUUCGUCAUGCAGUUACAUUUACUGAUAGUGGGAUUGUUCAAUAUUUUGAUUUAAAUCAAAAAACGAAUUUUAUUGAUAAUCAAAUGAAAAAUAUUCAACGUAUAAAUACUUAUAUAAAAGCUCAAUCAUGGAAAUCAUUAUCAUCAGGAAUAAUCCCAUCAGAAAUUCUUCAUUGGAUACGUACUGUUCAACCUGUUCAUCGUUGUAGUCCAAUUAUAUUCGAAUCUAUUCUUCUUCAUGGACAUGUUAUGAGUCGAUCACAUAUGGAAAAUUUAAAAAAACCAGAAUUUGUUGCUAAUUCUGUUCUACAACAUAGUCGUAUACGUUCUAUUGAAAAUUUAAAAGAAAAAACUUGUGCCGAGCUUGCAAGAAAAUAUGUUACUAUUUUAGUUAAAACUGUAUAUGAUAAACAUGGAUUUCCAGAUGCAAAAUCUUUACUUGGUCAUUCAGAUAAUUUAAAAAAAGAAGAAAAUAUUCUUUCAGCUAUUAUUAAUUCAAAAGAUAUGGAAGCAUUACGUGGAAAAACAAUUGAAAUUGCACAAGCAUCAAUUAAACUUCAUUCAGAUCCAACUGGCAUUGGUUUUGAUAAAGAUAAAAAUUUAAGAACAGAUAAAGCUGUUUUCAGUAUACUCGGACCUCAUUUGGGACACUAUUAUGGAGACGUAUGUAUUGUAUUUAAACGUGAAAUUUUACAUCAUCCAGAUGCAAAUUUUUCGAUGCAAGCUGCAACUUUUUAUCCUAGUGGACAUGCAUAUACUCUACGUCCAUGGCUAGGUACUGCUCCAUCUUCAAAUGAUCAACGAAUAAAACAAUUUCAUGAACAAAAAUUAAAUGCUUCUGUACCUGGUUAUGAAUAUGCAACUGCACUUGAAUUAAUUGCUCUAACAAGUCAUAUAUUUUCAAAGACAACAAUGGAUAUUGAUCUUGAAACAAUUCUACAACGAUGGAUAAAAGUUGAUUCACAUCAAAAUAUCGAAGGACAUUUACCAACACUUAUUCCAUUAGAUUAUAUUGAUCAUAUAUAUAUACCAAAGGAUAUAUACGAUUCAUUAAAUUCAGCAUCACAUCGAGCAAUUAAUGCUGUUUUUAAAAAUUCUAUUACAAUUACUGAACAUGUAGGAACUAUUAGUCCACCUGUAUUUAAUUUUAUUCCUAAACCACCAACACAAGCUCGAACAGAUUAUCAAAAUUUUAUUAUUGAUCAAUUAAUUAAACGAUAUCAUCAAUAUACAAAAAAUCCAUUAUUUAAACCAAUUCAAGGUGUUGUUAUUACAAUACCAUCAACAAAUUUUAAAGAUCAUAUUCUUUUACCAUAUACAAUUUCUCAAGCAUAUAUACAAUAUUCUAAUGAAAAUAAACAUACAUUAGCAGAUAAAAUUGUUUAUAUUUAUUGGCAAGCAAUGAAUGGUGAUAUGAUGUUAAUAUUAUCAAAUGAACAAAUUGAUCCAAAUGAAUCACAACCAAAUUUACGUUGUUUACUUUCUUAUGUAGCUCAUAAAUGUACAUCAGAUGAUAGUCAAUAUUAUGAACAUUCUUCGUAUAUAAAUUCUGGUCAUCCAUUUCAACAUCAUCAAUUUGUUCAAAAAAAUAAAUAUCUUGCUAAAUCAAAUUUAUUUCAUGUUGGAUGUAAUACCGAUGAUUUUUUAACUUAUUGUUUAGAAAUACAAUAUUCAACAGGGAAAGUCAGUCUUUUUCAUGCUGGAUCAAAUUCAAUUUAUAAUAAUGAAAUAAUAUCGUAUACAUUUAAUAAAUCAGAAUUAGAUUUAUCGACAUUAGAUUAUAUUCAGAUAAGUGCUGGUGCUCAUACAGUUCCUGUUAGAAAUUUAAUUGUUUGUUUUGAAAAACAAAUAGAUUUACAUCCAAUAAUUGAUAAAGAAUUUAGUAAAAAUGCUGCUACGAAUUCAAUUUUAACAAAAUUUUCAAAGACAAAUGAUGAACAUACUUCUUCUUUAAAAUCAUGUUCUGAUAAUGUUAAUUGUAUGAUUCAAUAUUCAUCUGAUGGAACAGCUCAUAAUUUAAAAUAUUCACAUCCAUGUCGUUUUUCUGAACUCUGUCGAAAUAAAGAAGCACAUCUAACACAUGAACUACAUCAAGUAUCGAUGUGUAAUCAUGAUAAAGAUUGUAACAAACUGAAUGAUCCUAUUCAUCGAGCUAAAUAUCGUCAUACAGAUUUGCCGGAUUUCUUAAUUCCAUGUCAACUUCAAAAGCAAUGUAAAGAUAAAUCAGAUCAACAUCGAAUUAAAUAUUCACAUGGUGAACAAGUUUUUGAAUCUAAAGAUAAAAAAGGAUCAAGUCAUAUAUCAUCUGAUCAGCGAAUAUCAUGUAAAUGGGGUUCACAAUGUCGAGAUAUUGAUGAUAAACAACAUUGUACGAAAUAUACUCAUCAUUCUACUAAGAAUCCAAAGAAUGAUGAUCGCAUACCAUGUAAAUGGGGAUCACAAUGUCGAACAAUUGGAGAUGCAGAACACAGAGCAAAAUAUUCUCAUUCUCAUUUCCUUACUGACAGCAAAUAA